GGAAGUCCCGAGACAAAGGGAACGCCGCCGCCUCUGCCGCCGCAACGCGCCGGGCCGCGGCCGCCCAGGGACUUUGAACAUGUCGGGGAUCGCCCUCAGCAGACUCGCCCAGGAGAGAAAAGCUUGGAGGAAGGACCAUCCUUUUGGCUUUGUGGCUGUCCCAACUAAGAACCCAGACGGCACGAUGAACCUGAUGAACUGGGAAUGUGCUAUCCCAGGAAAGAAGGGGACUCCGUGGGAAGGAGGCUUGUUCAAGCUGCGGAUGCUCUUCAAAGAUGAUUAUCCAUCCUCGCCACCGAAAUGUAAAUUUGAGCCACCGCUGUUUCACCCAAAUGUGUACCCUUCUGGUACUGUGUGUCUGUCCAUUCUGGAGGAGGACAAGGACUGGAGGCCAGCCAUCACGAUCAAGCAGAUCUUAUUAGGAAUACAGGAACUUCUAAAUGAACCAAAUAUCCAAGACCCCGCUCAAGCAGAGGCCUACACGAUUUACUGCCAAAACAGAGUGGAAUAUGAGAAAAGGGUUCGAGCACAAGCCAAGAAGUUUGCACCCUCAUAGACAGCGACCCUGUGGCACCGCAAAAGGAAGGGAUUGGUUUGGCAAGAACUUGUUUACACCUUUUGCAAAUCUCAAGUCGCUCGUGCAGUUACCGGUCGCCUGGGAGGGUUGGGCGGGCGCCAUCUUCCAUUUCCGCCACUGGCAUACAGUUCUCAAUUCGCUGAAUUGCCCCAGUUUUUCAUACAGGGUCUCUUCCUUCAGUCUUUUGUAUUUUUGAUUGUUAUGUAAAACUUGCUUUUAUUUUAAUAUUGAUGUCAGUAUUUCAACUGCUGUAAAAUUAUAAACUUUUAUACUUGGGUAAGCCCCUAGGAGCUAGUUCCUUUGCUCGGAUGCAGGCAUGCUUCACCGUUCAGAGCUGUCCCGGCCUCCAGCGGGCUGUGUGGAAGUCCCUGUCCUUCCCUCCCACACCCUUCUCUCAGAACCUGGCUGUUGCUAAUGCGCCUCCGAUCCAAAGUCAGCAGCGUCUCGACCCGCACCUCUUCCUUUGUGUUUAUAUGGCGUUUGUCUGUGUUGCUGUUUAGAGUAAAUAAACUGUUUAUAUAAAGAAAAAAAU